UCCGUGUUUUGACGGAGAGAGUACUGUUAGUGGUUGGGGAGAGUGGACAGGUUGGAAUGUUAGUGAAAUUUGUCGUGAUGAAUGGAUGCACGCAGAAACAGUUAUGUACAUGGGCGAAAUGCCCGCGGUCACUCUCAAUAAUUUGCGAGUGACAACGUAGAAAACGACAUACCAAAUCCUGAUAUAACGAUACAGAUGUUUCAGAUCCCACCUACCCCGACCAUCAUGAGACGACGCCCAACCUUGUUGCUGACUAUCAACUUGAUCGUUGCUUUGUUGGCGGUGAUAUCUCUCCUGGUUUACCAAAUCUACAGUUGCUUCACCCAAGGCGACACCCGUAUUUGCUUCAGACUCUACCAACCCAGUCAAAACAGUUGUACUCUGCGCUGAAAGGGGAUGCUAACGAGAUGCUGAUCGCAGGUGCCCCUCCCUUCAUUGUUCAUUACCUGUGGUGCCGAAAGGGGUACUUCGAGUUUAAGCAUUACUUGAGUAUAUUGAGUGUCGUCCAGGUGGUUCGUCCAGAUUGGAUUGUGUUUCAUUACACUCAUCUUCCGGUCACAGAUAGGAAAGGUUAUGUGACAUGGUUUAAUGACAUUCAGCGUGAUAUUCCAUUUUUGUCUUUUAAAAAAUUACCCCACACACGUUACUGUGGCCAUACCUUUUUUGAUAAAAGUGAUUUCGUUCUUUCGGAUUAUGUUAAUCCGGCAGGGGUGUUCAUAUCGGAUGAAGUUGCAGUUGUUGACUUCACAAAAGCAGAUUAUCUCAAAAUGGUACUGUCAUCAAACUUUAUGCAUGUACGAGCGUUCCUGUUACCAGCGUCAGAGCCCCAUGUUGUGACAUCAGGCCGAGAAUCGCAGAUCUUUGAUUGUCCCUCGAUUCAAGAAUAUAACAAAUAUAAGUCUGGGGGCAUUGUUUGUGUUCAACUCACUGACAGACUCUCUCCUGCCGAUAUCUGGCAUCAGAAAAAGCCGUUUUAUGAAUUUGCGCGAAAUCUCACCUAUGGAUCACCAGAUCCAAUAGAUCCAUCAGCAGUUGAAACGUCACUUGUACCCUUACAUUGUCAUAUAUUACAUGUGACCUCAUCUCCAGAUUUAGAUGUCACUGCAUAUGCAAGUAUCCUCAGCGCCCUCUAUGUUGCAAAAAUGCAGCAUGUGUUUAUUCAUGGGCCAAUCAAACCAUCUGGACGUCGAUGGGAUCAGUUAUCGAAACAUAAUGUGAGUUUCAUACCUGUCACGCACAUGUCCGACUGGCAUCCAGAAAUUGGAGACAUGAUAUAUGGUGCCUAUGUGUUAUUACGCCAUGGUGGGAUAGUUGUACGUUCAGACACCAUUUGGAGAAAAGAGUUCCCGAGUGAUCUUCGAAAAUACACUUCUAUUGCAACACUUCGACGGUCAAUAUACAGAAUCAUUAACUACUCUGUUGAUUUAAAUGUACUAAUUUCAAAACCUAAGUCUAAAUUUUUAAAAUCAUUUAUAACCCGAUUAAAACAAGCACCUGCAAGACAUUUGGAAGCCAAGAGUGAAGAAAUUGCGUAUCGUACCUACGUAGAUGUUCCUACUGUGCUUAAAAUGGACACCAACUUAUUGCAGCAUGUAGUAUGUUCCAAAGGACUGUGUCAGCCGAGGCCAGAGGAUAUGGCAGCUGGACGGUCACUUCUUGUCCAGUUGGAGUGGAAAGAUGGUGCUCCGGGUGUAGAAGGGGAUCUGGACCGCUUCAGAGGGCCUGGUGUUGACACAGUCAAAGCAGCUCUACGACAAACUGUAUGAGUGUGAGAUAACUCUGUAUCACUUCAUCAGUUUCAAAAACCCUCUAAAGCUCAGAAAAUGGUGGUCCAGAGAUGACGAAAGAUUUUCACAGCUGAUGUUUUGGUGCAGAGACAAUGAAAGCAGCUCAUCAACGAAUCUGUUUUUAUGAUAAUUUUUCUGAUUGACUGUCCAAAGAUUGUUACAGAGCUAGAAAGCAGGUCCUUCAAGAAGUGUCCAAACUGACAAUUUCAGCUGGAGAAACUUGAAAACAAACAUCAACCAUAAAAUGAUCUCUCUUGUGUUCUGUGAUACCAGAGUGUUUCUCGGACUCGCUGUGAGUGUGCGUUCAAAAGUCAGUGUGGAUUUAUACAUGUUAACUGUGAUCGCUAUCUUGAUGUCAGCCAUUAUUAUGUAUGUUUAUGCCUCUUAAGCUGUGAGAGUGUCAGCACCUAAUUUUGAAGCAGCCUCUCCUGGGUGUGAAGGUGUGUCAUUGUUUUUUAAUUGGAGCUCCUGGGGUCAAGGUCUUUACAUGAUUUGUUGGCACGACAAGAACAUGUCACCUGUCCCUUGAAGGACAAGUUUCAGAUCAGGUGGGUGUCAGUUUUGAUACUGUUGGUGAUAAUAGUUGUUAUUAAUAUUGUUCAAGUUUUUUUAAAUUUCUUUCAAAUUUGUUUUAAAAAAUAUCCUGUCAUUGCUUUAAAAUAUUGAGUUAAAUUCUUAAAAAAUGUUUGAAAUAAUUUUCAAAAGUAGGUAUGGAAGGGUGAAAUUAAAUAGGUAAAUAAAGAGAAACAAAAUUGAGUGUUGUAAGAGUUACUUCCCUUCUCAUGUUGGUCUGUUGCCACUGAUAUAAGACAAUAAAUAUACAAUAAUUGAAAUUGAUUAUUUGAUAGGAAGUUGCAGGAUGGUUAUAUCAAAUCCUAAUGCAAACAGGCCAGCCUUUUUUCUUUUGGAGUAUUCUUUACUAUAUUUCAUUCCAAAUUCCACCAACAUAGUGAUAUAUACAGGGCUACAGCUUUUGAGAAAGGGGGUGCACACUAUUGAGAAAAGGAGGGGUGCACACUUCAUUUUCACCCGAGUUUCAAUGGUCAUUUAAUA